UAAAUUUUUUUUAUUUGAUUUGUGCUAAAAGUACAAUUUAUACGUAUUUUGCAUGACUUAAAUUAUUUGCUGUGGCACACACUGCAUAGCACGUAUUGCAAAUUUACUACUAUUGUAGCACACUGUCAACACUGUCAAGAAAUUGACUAAAACAAAAAGAAAGGCAACUUCGUAUCAAUUCAGCUGUUGACGACGAUGACAAAGUGAAUUCGAAUUAAAUAAAUAAUAAACUUGUGCUUAUUGCAAAGAAAUUAAAUCGAUACAAUUUGUGCAAAGCAACAAACGAACAAUUUCGCUAUCACUGAAAUGACGAAAGAAAAGUUUUCUUAUUAAAAUAUUGUAGUUUUAAGUUUAAAAUAUAUAACGAAAAUCGAAAAACAAACUAAAACGAUAUAUACAAAUAUAAAAUAAAGAAUAGAAGUAUAGCGCAUUACUCAGUGCUAAAUUGUUAACAAUUUUGGGGCAGGGUGGGGCGCGGUACACGAAAACCACGUAUUUUGCACACUGACUGGUGUAGUGCUGCAACCAUGUCCAGUCGUAGUCGUGCUAUACUCAAUACGCUGGACGCAGCCAUGGCUAAUGAUCCACUGCGAGAAUUAUUUGAAGCGUGUAAAACUGGUGACAUAGCCAAAGUGAAGAAGCUUAUAACACCUCAAACGGUAAAUUCCGUCGAUUUACGUGGACGCAAAUCAACGCCAUUGCAUUUCGCUGCAGGUUACGGCAGACGCGAGGUUGUUGAGUUUCUUUUGAAUAGUGGCGCUUCAAUACAAGCUUGUGAUGAGGGGGGACUACACCCGCUACACAAUGCGUGUUCAUUUGGACAUGCCGAGGUUGUGCGCUUACUUCUCAAAGCCGGAGCCAGUCCGAAUACAACGGAUAAUUGGAAUUAUACUCCAUUACAUGAGGCAGCUAGCAAGGGAAAAGUCGACGUAUGCAUUGCCCUAUUGCAACAUGGCGCUAACCCGAAUAUACGCAAUUCGGAACAGAAAACCCCACUGGAAUUAGCAGAUGAUAGCACUCGACCGGUACUCACUGGUGAAUAUCGUAAAGAUGAACUACUUGAAGCUGCACGUUCUGGGGCUGAAGAUCGUUUACUCACUUUGUUGACGCCAUUAAAUGUUAAUUGUCACGCUAGUGAUGGUCGACGUUCAACACCAUUACAUCUAGCUGCUGGUUAUAAUCGCAUAGGCAUUGUAGAAAUAUUGCUAGCAAAUGGAGCUGAUGUGCAUGCCAAGGAUAAAGGCGGUCUGGUACCUCUACAUAAUGCUUGUUCCUAUGGCCACUUCGAAGUUACAAAACUGUUGAUUAAAGCGGGUGCCAAUGUAAAUGCAAAUGAUUUGUGGGCUUUUACACCAUUGCAUGAAGCUGCCUCAAAAAGUCGAAUUGAAGUUUGCAGCCUUUUGCUGAGCAAAGGUGCUGACCCAACACUGCUUAACUGCCAUAACAAAUCAGCUAUAGAUUCUGCGCCAACACGUGAACUGCGAGAACGAAUAACAUAUGAAUUUAAAGGACAUUGCGUUUUAGAUUCAUGCAAAAAAGGCGAUGUACCUCGUCUUAAAAAAUUUUUGUCAUCCGAAACUGUUAAUUUUAUACAUCCAUACUCCGGUGAUACACCACUUCAUAUAACUGCUGUGUCUAUUGAUCCUAAAAGAAAACAGAUUGCUGAAAUUCUGAUACGUAAGGGAUCACUUUUGAAUGAGAAGAACAAAGCAUUCCUUACCCCUCUUCAUUUGACUGCCGAGCAUUUGCAUUACGAUGUAAUGGACUCAUUACUUAAAAAUGGUGCCAAAGUUAACGCCUUGGACGGACUGGGCCAAACAGCACUACACAAAUGUGCUAGAGAUGAACAGGCGGUGCGUUUACUGCUAUCGUACUCGAUUGAUACAACCAUCAUAUCUCUUGAAGGUUAUUCAGCUGCACAAUUAGCUUCAGAUAAUGUACUUAAAAUAUUAAAGGAUCCUCCAGAUACAGAAACGCACUUAUUAGAAGCUGCAAAAGCAGGUGAUUUGGAUACGGUGCGUCGUAUUGUUCUAGCAAAUCCACAUACUGUUAAUUGCCGUGACUUGGAUGGCCGUCAUUCAACGCCAUUACAUUUUGCUGCAGGAUUUAAUAGAGUGCCUGUGGUAGAAUUUUUAUUAGAACAUGGUGCUGAGGUGCAUGCUGCCGAUAAAGGUGGUUUAGUUCCAUUGCAUAAUGCUUGCUCUUAUGGCCACUACGAAGUUACAGAGUUACUCGUUAAGCAUGGUGCCAAUGUAAAUGUAUCUGAUCUCUGGAAAUUUACACCAUUGCAUGAAGCUGCCGCCAAGGGUAAAUAUGAUAUAGUUAAGCUUUUGCUUAAACAUGGCGCAGACCCUUCUAAGAAAAAUCGUGAUGGUGCUACACCAUCAGAUUUAGUUAAAGAAUCUGAUCAUGAUGUAGCUGAGUUAUUACGUGGUAAUUCUGCAUUACUAGAUGCAGCGAAAAAAGGCAAUUUAGCACGUGUACAAAGACUGGUAACGCCAGAAACCAUAAACUGCCGUGAUGCACAGGGGCGUAAUUCUACUCCAUUGCAUUUGGCAGCUGGCUAUAAUAAUUUCGAAGUAGCAGAAUACUUACUAGAGAACGGAGCUGAUGUAAACGCACAAGACAAAGGCGGUCUAAUACCACUACAUAACGCUUCUUCUUAUGGACAUUUAGAUAUUGCUGCUCUAUUAAUUAAGCAUAAGACUGUGGUUAAUGCAACCGAUAAAUGGGGCUUUACACCUUUACAUGAAGCAGCACAGAAAGGACGUACUCAACUAUGUUCAUUACUGCUUGCGCAUGGAGCUGAUCCAUAUAUGAAAAAUCAGGAAGGCCAAACACCAAUUGAAUUGGCCACAGCGGACGAUGUUAAAUGCUUAUUGCAAGAUGCCAUGACUACUUCUUUGGGCAAUUCAAACUUAAGCUCUUCGCAACAAUCAUUACUAAGCAAUUCCCCCUCUCCAGCGCCAAAUGCAGCAGCUUGUACACCCAAUGUAACACCUGCAAAUGCUUCCUGUACGGUACUAUCACCCACCACUGAGACUGUUACACUGCCCUCUGGCGCCUCCAUGACCUUAAGUGUGCCUGUACCUUUACCGUUGUCAACACGUAUUAGUCCUGCACAAGGGGCUGAGGCUAAUUCCAGUGAUUUAGGCGAAGAAGUACCCGAUCCAGAUUCCAUUACAAAUAUAGCUAGUUUCCUUUGUAGUCAACAACUCGAACAUUUAAUUGAUUUGUUUGAAAGAGAGCAAAUUACUUUGGAAAUACUUGCGGAAAUGGGCCAUGAAGAUUUGAAACAGGUGGGAGUUUCUGCUUACGGAUUUAGGCACAAAAUACUUAAAGGAAUAGCACAAUUACGGUCAUCAACAGGGAUCGGUAACAAUGUAAAUCCAGGUACAUUGCUAGUAGAUUUAUUGCCUGAUGACAAAGAGUUUUUAGCAGUUGAAGAAGAAAUGCAAGCAACAAUACGUGAACAUCGUGAUAAUGGUCAAGCAGGCGGUUAUUUUAUACGCUAUAAUAUUAUAAGAGUACAAAAAGUGCAAAACCGAAAACUAUGGGAACGUUACGCACAUCGUCGUCAAGAGGUCUCAGAAGAAAAUACCUUACAGGCCAAUGAACGCAUGUUAUUUCAUGGUAGUCCUUUCAUUAAUGCUAUAGUGCAGAAAGGAUUCGACGAGCGUCACGCAUACAUAGGUGGCAUGUUUGGAGCAGGCAUUUAUUUUGCUGAGCACAGUUCUAAAAGUAAUCAAUAUGUUUACGGAAUAGGUGGUGGAAUUGGAUGUCCAUCACAUAAGGAUAAGUCAUGCUAUGUUUGCCCAAGGCAACUAUUAUUAUGUCGAGUGGCACUUGGAAAAUCCUUUUUGCAAUAUAGCGCAAUGAAAAUGGCACAUGCUCCACCAGGUCACCAUUCCGUCAUUGGUCGUCCUUCAGCAGGCGGCUUACAUUUUGCUGAAUAUGUUGUCUACAGAGGAGAACAAGCCUAUCCAGAAUACUUGAUAACUUAUCAAAUAGUUAAACCUGAGGACAGCAGUAGUGGAGCUGAAGAAACGAGAUGAUGGAUGCCAUCAGUUGGUUCAACACCUACCACAACAUCCCCAGCACAGCAUCAACAGCAACAUCAUAAUUCAGCACAUCACCCAAAACUGCAACAGCAACAUUCACUGCCACUUCAACUGCAGUAUCAUCAUCAACAAGUGACCACAACACAACCAUCUCCGGCAGGCACAUUUAUCAAUCAAGCAGGAAUAUUAAGCACCACCGGAAGUGGCAUUGGUAUUAGCAAUGGCGGUGAUAUAUCACCAAUUUCGUCUAGCAAUUCAUUUUCCUCAAUCGAUACAAAUCAAACGCUUCUAAACUCCAUUGCUAAUCAUCACCACCACCAACAACAACAGCAGCAGCAGAAGCAACAUCAAUCGACAUCUAUUAAUGCCAAUUGUACUACAUCAAAUCGUUCGUAUCGCACUAAAUAUAGCCAAUUUAUGAUUAUAACACCCGCUGUAUCUAUUGAUCGAGAUUUCGAUAAUCAAACAUGUGCAGGUAACAACAUAGGAUUUUCUGACAAUGAUUUCGAUGAUCAAUCGUAUUUUAACAAUGGGAAUAUUUUUCGCAUGUCACUACUGCAAAGCAGUAUUGACAGUGGCAAUAGUAGUGACAGCUCAUUUCGCUCCAACUACAAUCCGUAUUUGCACACAAGUCGACAACAUUUGUUACCUAAGACGGCACCGCAUUUCUAUACGUUUUCCUCAUGGCGCUGGUGUACUUUAAUAUGUGCUGCCAUGCGUUGUUUUGGUGGUGGACACAGCUCAAACGCACCAUAUAGCACUUCAUUUUCACGUCCACCGUAUCAACGAUCACGUAGCUCCGGAGGUCAUACCAGCUCUGUGCCGCAUUAUCGCUUGCGUUCGUCGUCUUUUACAGCAGAGACAGCUUUUGAACAUUUUUCUGCACCAUUUAAGUCACGUAAAACACGCGACCAAAUGAACAAUAACAUCACAUAUGAAUUGUGACGGUGGCGCUCGUCGUGGUCAUUUGUUAUAACGUUUGGCGCACUUUUUGAUCUCUUAUACUCGUACUCGUAUUAUUCGUCGUAUUCGCAUUUGUGUAUAUUAAUUAUCGAAAACUUUGUCGUCGUCGUCGUCUUUAUAGCAUUUUAUGUAUUAAAUUUUAAGC